GGCAUACACCGAGCUCUCCAAAAUGCGACUGACGGUCCUCAAUGUUCUUGCAGCCAUGUCCGCCGUCGCCGUAUCGCCUCUCCCCACGAGCGUCCCUGUCCUCCUAGCCACCGCAAUCGGCACCACCCUCUGUUCAGCGUCCGCGAACACGCUCAACCAAAUACAAGAGGUCCCAUUCGACGCCCAGAUGGCGCGGACGCGCAUGAGACCUCUGGUCAGGCGCGCCAUCAGUCCCCUGCAUGCCACGGGCUUCGCGCUCGUGACGGGCAUUGCAGGCCCAGCCAUCUUAUGGACCAUGGUGAACCCCACCGUUGCGCUACUUGGGGCAGGCAAUAUCGCGCUGUACGCAGGGGCAUACACCUGGCUGAAACGUAAGAGCAUCGUCAACACCUGGGUCGGCGCUCUCGUCGGUGCUGUUCCCCCCCUCAUGGGUUGGUCAGCAGGAGGCGGGCACUUGCUGCCAUCGUCCGCGCAUCCGGUGGAAAUAUUUCUCCCGUCCUUCCUCUCCUCUGUCCCUCUCGAUGCUACUCUUGUCGACAACCCGCUGGCGCCGCUUGCACUCUCGAUACUGCUCUUCUGUUGGCAGUUCCCGCAUUUCAUGUCGAUAGCGCACUUCCAACGCGAGUCGUAUGCUCAAGGUGGCUACCGCAUGCUCUCCGUACUCUCGCCUACCAAGAAUGCCCUUGUUUCCUUACGUCAUGCACUUCUUCUCAUUCCAGUCUGUUCCAUCCUUAUUCCUCUGUCCGGGAUCACGACCUGGACAUUUGCUGCCGUCAGUCUCGUCCCCAACCUGAUCGCAGCGGAGGCAGCGUGGAGCUUCUGGCGCCAGGUCAGCGACAAGCAAGCACGGCGUGUCUUCCAGCAUAGUCUCUGGUAUCUGCCAGUUAUGCUGGGAUUGAUGAUGAUUUGCAAACGGGGGUUGGACUGGAGUUCGUGGAUGGGUUCAGGAGCAGAAGAAGAGGUCGCAUCCGAUCCUGAGGUGUCCGCCACAUAAGUCAAAAUGUAAUGGAUAGCGCGUAUGUUGUAGAU